CAUGGUCACCUUAUCAGCGGACAGCAUUCGAAGUAAAUAAACUCAAAGUUUGCCAAUUGGUUUUGGAAAUAAAAUUUUAAGCAUUUGCCAACCGCAAAAAUUAAAAUGGACGUUAACGAAAUUAUAAUAGAAGAAGUGAGGAAAAAUGAGUGCCUACGAUUUAUCAUCGAAUUUGUACAAAAACAUAUACAAAAAAGCUGAAAUAUGGGAAGCAAUUGCCAAGUCCGUAAAUAUGUCCGGAGAAGCAUGCAAGAAACGUUGGAAGGGACUUCGCGAUACUUAUAAAAAACAUAAACGCGUUUCUCAACUGGCCUCCGGCAGUGGAGCACCAAGUCCAGCAAAGAAAUGGUGGUAUAUGCAAGCGCUAAGUUUUCUUGAUAAUUACAGAGAUGCCCGACCAACUGUCGGAAAUGUAACCCUAAAUGAAAGCGAGCUUGAGAAUGUACUUGACUCUUCAUCGACGAGUAUCAUAGAGACUGCACCCGCACUAAUUGAAGAUGAAAAAAUUACAUCGUAUAUGAACCACCACAGAAAAAAACUAGGAAGAAGCAAGCAGAUUCAGAAAUAACAGCAGUGUUUUCGGAAGCGAUGAAGGAGUGUGUAGGAACCGUAAAAGAGCUUGUUACAUACCCAAGUGAAAAAGACCGAUACGCUACUUCAUUAUUGUUUGAAAGUUUGGCGAGGAAAAUAUCCGAAUCCCGCUGGCCACAGGUAGAUAUCAGCAGAAUAGAAAGCAAAGUUAUUGCUUUAGUGUAUGACGAGCUAGCCAAAACUUGCACUAUAAACAUUCAAACGUAUUAAUACAAGUAGUGAAGUACAAUUUUUUCAAAUUGAAUAUAUGUACAAAAUAGUAGGUAUACUAGUUGA